UCCAGGCAUUUUCAACGAUGACAUCUAUAUAUAUAGCCCCUACACAAAAACAAUGUACCCAGCUCUCAAUUCAUUGCUCACCCCAUACCAUACAACACCACACCACACUCACUCAAUUCCAACCAGCUGCAACCAUGGCCAUGGCUUUCAAAAUGGCGACGACGGGAAUGUGGGUGACGGAGGAGUGCAAGAACUCGUUUAUGGAGAUGAAAUGGAAGAAGGUGCACAAGUACAUAGUGUUCAAGAUCGACGAAGGAUCUCGAUUGGUGACCGUCGAUAAGGUGGGCGGGCCCGGCGAAAGUUACGAUGAUCUCACCGCAUCUUUGCCGACAGACGAUUGCCGAUAUGCCGUGUUUGAUUUCGAUUUUGUCACCGUCGAUAAUUGCCGGAAAAGCAAGAUCUUCUUUAUUGCGUGGGCUCCAACGGCAUCAAGAAUAAGAGCAAAAGUGCUAUAUGCAACCUCAAAAGAUGGGUUGAGGAGGGUGCUAGAUGGCAUCCACUAUGAAGUCCAAGCCACCGACCCAACUGAGAUGGGCAUUGAUGUCAUUAAGGAUAGAGCCCAAUAGCUCUAACAUGCUUUUGGAUUUACUUGCUUAUCUUACUCUCUUAUUUAUGAUCUAUCUAAUAACACCAGUUAGUGGUGCUCUCUUCCUGUUAGUUUUCUUUUUCUUUUGGGUUAAAUGCAUUGAGAUCCCUUUAAUUAUUAGUGAAUAUCACUUUAUUUCUUUAUCUAUAAAUUCGUACAUAUUGAUCUCGUAAAUUAUAAAAAUAUAUUACUUUCACUGCCUGCAAACUCUUAUAAAAAUAGUGUAUUUGUACAAUUUUCAUAAUUGAUGGGAUCAAAAUGUAAGGUUCAUAGAUGGGAAGAUAAAGUAAUAUUCGCUAAUAGUUGAGGGGCCUUGGUGUAAAUAACUUCUUUUUUUUUUUUAAUUUUCUAAUUUUUGGUACCGGUGUAAGAUGAUCAUCUAAUCGUCUAAUUUGUAA